CUGAUCAAGCAAAAAGAAAACAAAGGAUAAUAAGUUAUUUUCAGUCUUUUUAUUUUUCGGUCAAUUUGACCCAAUCAUAUCAGGAAAAUGAUACUUCAAAAAACCCUCAUUUAUAUAGAACAUAGCGAAAAGCAGCCAAACUAGGAUUCACUAAUCAUUUACUGGUUUCUUUUUUUCUCACAACAGAAAAUGAGCUAAAGUAGAAAUUUUUAGUUAAACCACAUGAACCAGUCGAAAGGAGAAUGGAAAAUGGCUGAAAACUGAAGCACUUCAUUACUCAACAAGUUUGCAGUAAUAUAGGUUGAUGGCUGAGAGGAGAAGAAGUUUAAGAAUAAGAGGAAGUAGAAAAUAUGAUAACAUCUUAUUAGAUGAACCUAUUCUUACUGAAUAUUUUUCAUUUAAUGCACUGCCAGUUGACUGCAAGUUAAAGGUUUUUUCCUACCUUGACCACAUAGAGAAAGGCUGUAUUUUAUCAGUAUGUAAAGAAUGGUAUCACCUCCUUCUUCAUCCAAGUGUUUGGGACCAACUGUCUAUAUGGAAUUUCCCAGUGACAUGCCUUCGGUCACAAAUUGUUCAUGAAAGAGUAGAAAACUGUUACUCUUGCUAUAAGAAACGAGUUCAUCUUUUUUGCAAGUUCAUUUUAUGUAUUAAACCUCGGCCAAAACGUUUUGAAUUUAAGUUCAACAUUGGAGAAUGUUCAAGUGGAUAUUUAAAACUGGUGGAAUCUCUAAUGAUAAAUCUCAAUUACCGUGAAUGUAAAGUUUGCUCUCUGAACUGGAAAGAAACACCAUGCCGGCCUUACUGGGUUCCACCGGAUGAUGACAAAGAAAACGAUAUAAUGUACAGACAUCGUUUAAGGUCAAGAUACUUUGUAAACAUGUUUGACCUUUUUACUAAAAAGGCAACUGCUAUACGGACACUUGUAAUGCCAUUUGAUUGGUGUUCCAGAAGUGUGAAGUGUUUGACAAGAUUGAAAAACAUUCAUAGUUUAGUUCUUGAGAAAUACUUUGUAUUUCAAUGUCUUGACCAAAAAAUGUUGACAGAACUUUUAGCAGGGCUACCUGCUCUACGCAGAUUUAUGUUGGAAGUUUGGACACCAAGCGGACCAACCCUAGCACUUUACUCAGUAUCUUCAAACUCAGUGGCCUAUUUUGAUAUCUCUCAGAGUAGAGGAUUCUAUCUAAAGAGAAUUGACAUGCCCCGAUUAGAAAGGUUCCGUGUAUUGAGACAUCCAUGGAAUGGACCAUUGGUCACUUCAGAUAAAAUCAACAUCCCCUGUCUUUACAGAAUAUUGGUGUCUGGAGCGCCAAAUCUUUGUACAAUCAAUGACCACUACUUAGAAUCAGAGUGGCGUGAGUUCUGUUACCCCAGGCUUGAUGAAGUUCUACGCUCUGUUUGCUCCUGUAGACAACACAAAACUGGAUGGGCAAUGUAGUGGUGUCCAAAAAUUGUGAUUACUUGACCAUGUACAUGUUAAUAACAAAAUAUAUUCUUUUUCAUGUUAGUUAACUUAAUCAAAAUUACAUAUGUUUGCUGUAUAUUAUAUAAUUACUGUUUACACUGUUAUCUAAUAUUUAUACUCUCAGAAAAAGAAUUUUGGUUUGGCAAUGAAUAAAGACUACAGCUGAUCAAUAUGCCUUUAGUUUGUACAAAAUGCAUGUUUAAGUAUAAUAAUGUAUUAUCAAGAAAAAAAACUUUCUUUCAUAAAUUUUUUAAAUCAUAUCACAAGAGCAAAAAUAUUUAAAGAUUAAACAUACAUGUUAUGUAAAGCUUGUUGUGUUUAUUAAUCAAGCAUACAUGAACAAUGUAUAUUCCCGACCAAGCGAGGGCUGUAUAGCCAGUCAAGGUCGUUAAAAACUUCCAGCAUCAAUGUAUAUGUUGCUGUUAGGUUAGGGCCCUCAUGUCUGAUUACCUGGUGAUACACAAACUUAAUAUCAGUACUUGUUUAAAAACUUUGGUAUUGCAUAGAGAACCUAUGAAAUUUAUAGUAAUCAAAAUUCAAUGAGAGGGUUCCUACAUUUUUGUGGUUACAGCAUUUUUUACAGUAUAGAAUUGAAAAUUGAGCAUUCUUUGUACAGGUAGUUUGAUCUGACUGAUUGGGACAAGGAGUUUUGGCAUAUUGUGGGUUAAAAUAUGGGAAAAUCUUGUUACAAAAUCAUAAUAGAGUACAUGUGUAAACUAGGUGUAUAUACAUUGAAAGGUUUUAUACUAUAUAACUGACAAAAUUUGCAAUAUUAAUAUUGCAACUAGGAGAACAUUCUUUGAAAUGUAUUUGUUAUUUUACUGUUGAUUUGUAUAACAAAAGUCAGAGAUUGCUCUGAUGUCUGACAGCCUUUUUUCAGAAUUUGCUAGGGUCCAAGACACAGCAAGUUCUACAGUAGGACGUCAGAUGACAGAACAACUUGGAUUAGUACAGCACACACAGGACGAAAUAAAAAUCACUCUUGCAGGUAUUGAGUGAAUCGCUAUGGACCAAAGAAAUUUCUGAAAACUAGGACCCUUUCUUAUAAUGUCCAUUGUAUAUACAGAGGGAUAUAUAUGAUGGUAAUCACUCACAAUUACUAUGAUUUUUAUGCCCAUAGCGGUGGGGGCAUUAAUUUUUACCCUUGUCCGUCUGUACGUACAUCCCAAAAUUGUUCUCUAACUUGAGUUUGCCUCAACCAAAUGUUAUGAAAUUUAUACACAAUGCUUAUUACCACAAAACACAGAUCAAGUUUGAAUUUUGUUGGCGUCACUUUAACCGUUCUAGAGUUAUGCCCCUUUAUAAAUGGAAAAAUUGCAAAAUUUUUAUUUUCUUCUAAAUAUCAAGUAAUUUUUAAAAUUGGAGUUAUAUUCCUUUUGUCCAUGAUUAUAGUUGAAUCAACUACAAUCAAUGCUUUAUACAAUGCAAUGUUUAAUUUUGACUUCCACUGAUAAAACACACAUUAAGAUGAAUUUGGGUAGUGUCACUUUAACCAUUAUUGAGUUAUACCCCUUUAUAAAUCGAAAGAUUGCAAAAUUUUUAGUUUCCUUUCUGUAACUUAAGUUUGCCCCAACCAAACAUUAUGAAACCUAUACACAAUAUUCAUUACCACAAAACUAAGAUCAAGUACAACUUUUUUGUUUCCGUCUUCUAACUUCAGUUUGCCUCAACCAAAUGUUAUGAAACUUAUACAUAAUGCUUAUUACUACAUAAUACAGAUCAAGUACGAAAUUUGGUGGCGACACUCUUACCAUUCAUUGAGUUAUGUCCGUUUAUAAACAUAAAAAUUGCUGAAUUUUUCGUUUCUGUUCUCUAACUUUAGUUUGUCUCAACCAAAUGUUAUAAAACUUAUACACAACCGUUCUAGAGUUAUGUGUGUUUACAAAUAGAAAAAUUGCUGCAUUUUCAGUUUCUGUUCUCUACUUAAGUUAGCCUCAACCAAAUGUUAUGAGACUUGCACACAAUGCUUAUUACCACAAAACUCAGAUCAAGUUCAAAUUUGGGUAGCGUCACUUUUACUGUUCUUCAGUUAUGUCCCUUUAUAACUAUAUGAUAUGCAAGCGGGGGCAUCAUCUGUGUCCACAUGUGGACACUAUCCACAUUUAUUUUUUAUAGUCACUUAGAAAAGAAAUUUUAACCUUGUGCAUGCUGCGUCUGAAAUAACCUUGUGCAUGCUGUGUCUGAAAAGUUGAAAACAUUGCACACUUGAAUGGUGUUGUCUGUUUUUAUUUAUUAUUUUUGAUUAAUCCCUGGGUUUUAAAAAAAAUGCAUUGUACGCUGAAAUGCUUUUCUAGUUAAUUUUUUGGCUAACUUGGGACCAAAUGUGUUUUUACCCUCUUUAGUGUAUUUUUGUAAAUUGUUCCUUGUAAAUAACAUUUAAAUGAACCUCUGCUUUACUAUCUAAUAUCUUAGGCAUUCAGGAUUAUCCAACAGUUUACAUAUAAACUUAACUUACUGAGAUGAAUAUGUAAUUGUUUGUAGUUACAGUUAUGCAUUGGAGUGCUGUUUAUGUUUAAUAAGUUCAAGUGCCAUAAUAUUUUAUGAUGUUAAUUUUUAGUAGUUAGUGAUCAUGUAUAUAAUUAAGUGGUUUGUUAAGUACAUGUUAAGUCUUGACAAAUCUUGUUUUUGUGAGAUGCAAUAAAGCUUAAAUUUAGGUAUAGAUAUUGAUUUACAUGUAUGUUCACUCAUUGUUAUAAUUUGAUUACAGUUGAUCUUUUUUUUAGUAACCUAAUAGGUAAUAAUAAAAAAGAUUUGCAAUUCUCAUAAAAAAUUUGACCUUAAAGAGUUAAUUUUAUAUUGUAAAAUUCAAAUUUUUGAUGUCAAGUUUAUCAUAUUCCAGUCCAUGCAUUGAUUUUAUUUUGAAACUUCCUGUCUAGACAUUUGCAUCAAAACUAUUUAAAUCAAAUAGCAUUAUCAUUUAACGUUACUGCAACAAAUGUUUAACAUCACUGUAAUAUCACUAGAAAACCAAUUACAUCAGAUAAAGCUUUAAAAUUUUUGUCAGUUUAAUGUUAAAUAAUGCAAGGUUAACUAUAGAUCUGGUUUAUAAAGAAAAACAAAAAAAUAAAUUGUAUGCAGGUUCUGAUGAAAAUUGAAACAGGUUUCUCAAAAAAAUGAUGGCUGUUCCUUUUGAAUAAACAUGUGUACAAUGUAGAUGGUGCCACUGUAUCGUGGUCCCUCCAUAAUUUAUGUCUGUGUAGUGGUCCCCUGCUUUUUAUGCCCCCGCCGUAGCAGAGGGGGCAUUAAGUUUGAACCUUGUCCGUCUGUACGGACGUCUGUCCGUACGUCCCAAAAUUGGUUUCCGUUCUCUAACUAUAGUUUGCCUCAACCAAAUGUUAUGAAACUUAUACACAAUGCUUAUUACCACAAAACACAGAUCAAGUGUGAAUUUGGGUGGCGUCUCUUUUACUGUUCUAGAAUUAUGUCCCUUUACAAAUGGAAAAAUUGCUGAAUUUUUCGUUUCCGUUCUCUUACUUUAGUUUGCCUCAACCAAAUGUUAUAAAACUUAUACACAAUGCUUAUUGCCACUAAACACUGAACAAGUUUAAAUUUUGAUGGCGUCACUUUUACCAUUCUAGAGUUAUGCCCCUUUACAAAUGGAAAAAUUGCUGAAUUUUUCGUUUCCAUUCUCUAACUUAAGUUUGUCCAAACUAAAUGUUAUGAAACUUAUAAACAAUGAUUAUUACCACAAAACUCAGAUCAAGUACAAAUUUGGGUAGCGUCACUUUUACAGUUCUUGAGUUAUGUCCCUUUAUAACGUUACAUGCAAGCGGGGGCAUCAUCUGUGUCCCAUGGACACAUUCCCCAUUUAUUUUAUAUGGAAUGAAAAUCCAUGGUAUUGCUGAAAUUGCUUCAAAGGGACAUUAUUAGAUCUAUAAUAUAAAGUAUAUUGCAUUCACAUAUUUUAAAGGAACAGCCCUUAGAAAAAAGUUUUUUUGUGAAAAAGUGUAUUAUUACAAAAUGUACAUUGGAAGACAUCCGUUUGACAUUGCUUCGAAAAUUUCAUGUUUGUUUCUGUUAUUUUUUCAUGUUGAUAGUAUGUAAAAUUAUAGUUAUCUUGUCUUAGUUUCUAUAUAUUGUUUAUCAUUUGUGAUAUUUUUAUGUUAUAGUGUGAGGAAACAAGAAGGAAAAUGUUUCUUCUUAACUGUUUAAAUGGCAUUGGGACCUUGAUUGUACUAUUUAAGUGAUUGUUGAUAAGAUUGUGACCAAAACAAUACAUUUCUUUUCAUUUGAUGAACAUCAAAAUUUAUACAAUACAUUAUGGUAUAUUAAAAUUUUUCAUUCAUUUGGUAGAAUAUCCAGAUAAAGGAAAUUGAAGAUUCUUGAUAUUCUUUAUAAUAAAUGAUAAUACAUAUA